AUGGAUGCAUCAACUAGAAGUCAUAUGACCUUGAAUACUCUUGAAAAAGGGUUGCGCUCACGCACACUACAUGAGAAGAUGGCUACGAUUGUCAACAUGACGACAUUUCUACGCGAGAAUCCAUUCCCUUUCUUCGUCAAUGCCGCUGUACUCCGGCUUUGUGAGGCAUUUCGUGAUGAAUGCAAUGAGCUACGCUUGUGUAUUGUGCGAGUAAUGGGUGAAUGUUCUACUGAACUGAGGCUUGUUUUCUCGAAUGAUGAAGUUGCUCGGCGCGUUCUUAAAGUAUCCCAUUCAAAUGACCCACUUGCUCGUUCGCUUACGCUCCAAAUAUUAGCCAAGUUGGCUUCUGUUGUGGCGGAGAAUAAGCAGGUGCAUCAUUUGAUAGUUACGAGUAUCGAUUCUGAGGAAGCGCAGGAACGGUUAGCAGCUACUGUGGCGACUGAAGCAUUUGUUGGCGUUUCUAGGUCCUUUUCGCAAACAGUAUUUGAAAAACUCUGUGUCACAUUUUUAUCUCCCCUUGUUUCGCCGACGACGAAGAUAGGUUUGGUUGGUGUAUUCGCUAACAUGCAAGCUGAUGUAGAAAUCAUCAUGAAAGUAUUUGCACUGGGUGAACGGAUACUGAAUGAGGCGUACAAUCAACAAUUGAUACUGGCACUUAUCAAAUCACUUACUACAUUAGCCGUUUCCUGUAAAUUCGCCGUCUCUGAAUUGUUAACUUUAUUGAUAGAAAAGCUAAAGAUAUCCAAAGAAAAUCGGACUCUUUGUGUUGCCAUUCUGUGCAAUAUUAAACGCUUAUCAACAGCCGCACAUAUGCUGACGGAAUCUCAUAUGCAUGACCUAUUGGGUUUUGGGGAUACGUUAACAGAUGACUCGAUGCGCGUUUAUUGGUUGGUAACUCUUGUUCGUUUCACAUCGCAAAAUAUCCAUAAAAUCACUGCAACGCUUUCAGAUAAUAUAGCGCAUUGGACGUACCUUUUAUCGAGUAAAAAUGCUGAUGUUCGACUUGCAGCUCUGCAUUUGUAUGUCAAUAUAUACAAAUAUAGUCAGGACCUGAAUAUUGUAUUAUCCUUGAAAAGUUCCUUUAUUAUAUCACUGCCGAUUAUAAAACCUCAAGAUUCCGAGAAAUUUUAUCGUCUGUUAACUGCCUUCAUAUGUGACGAAAGUUGUCCACGUGAAACUGUAGAUGCUGUAGUAGAUGCUCUCUUAACCAUAGCACUGCCGAAUUUUUCGGCAUUACACGUGUUGCAAUUCUUAGUAGCAGCUGCUGAGACUCACUCAUAUCUCUAUUCACGUCUUCGUGCUUGGUCAAUAUCGAAACUGAAUGAAAAUACAAAUUUAACGAAAUUGACCCUCUUUUCUUGUCUAGUGUAUGCUCCAUUGAGCGACUUGACUGGACUUCCCAAAGAUCACUUAGAUUUUUGGGGAAGUGAUCCAUGGGUUCUGUAUCUAGUUGCCCGAUCAGCUAUGCGGAACGGACAUUGGAAGUUCGUUGCUCGUCCUAUAUUGGACGUAAUCCAUAAAAAGGUGAAAUCAUUCCAAACCAGAAUGUGGCUAACAGCUUUACGGGAUAUCUGUGGUGCAUCACUUUCUGAAUUUACGAUUUUUGCUUUGGAAAAGUCCAUUGAAAAUCUCAAUAGUGCUCGAUUAUCACUUUCUGCCUUAUGCUCAUCUCGAGAAUCCCUACGUUAUUUCAUGUUCCCAUUGCGAUUUGUAGACUGCCUGUAUAGCAUGUAUACAGCUCUACGCAGUUUCUUGGUUGUUGUAAAUACGAAUUUAUUACUUAGUGACAAACCAGCUCUUUUUAUUAUGAAGAAAGUUUCAAUUCGUUUGCAAACCUGUGCAAUAAGAAUGCAUAAAUGUCGUGAUAUGUGGUUGGAUUUAUACAAGCAUUGCUUUGAUGCCGAUACUAAUACUACGACUUUUGUAGAGCUGUAUGGCGGGAUGUGUGCUUUAUUCAGUGGUGCUUUGCAGUUAUUCGCAAAGCAGCAGCCUUUGUCCCCUUUAUCGAUAUCUUCUUCCUCGCAUUAUUCGCUGGCGAAUAAGCGUUUACGGGCUUCACUCUUAUGGGCCAAAGGAGAAAUUGAAAAGCUGGAUACUAUAGCUCUACAGAAGAGGCUAACAAAAAAAAAAUUGGAAUUUCUUGUGAGCACUUUUGGGUACUUAUGUGGUCUUCCGAUAUGUAUUCCACGGUUUUUUUUUCAGCAGCUCAAAUAUACACAGAUAAAGUUGAACGUUUUACCCCAACCAGGACCAACGGAGACUGCUAUUGGUGUCUCUUCUAACCAAAAAGUACCAAUUUCCAUUGAAGGCGCAAUCGAAUCGUCGCACGCAUCUUCCGUUGACGUUGUCAUUGUAAAAGCAGUAGCAAAGUUCUUGAAAGAUGCCAGUAAAGAAUGCUCACAACUUCAAACUGUGGUGCCACAGGAAGGAAAAUUUUUCAAUGCUCAGUUUCUUCUUGCGUUCCCGCAGAGUUGUACGAUGGAAUUUUCUGUGAACUUUUUGGAUAAAGAAACGAAACGACUGUGGGAAAGUGGUGUUACAGCAGAAUUGAAAAUUCAUGUCACAUCUUGA